CUCCGCAGCCGGGCCGCGGCGCCGGGCCGAGCGCCCUCUAGGCAGCGGAAGUGGCGCUCGCUUUACAUCCGUCCUCCCGCCGCCGGAGUUGGGAGAAGGAAGGCGGGGGGGUGUGGAAAAAUAAAGGAAAAGCCCUCUACCAUGUAGACCAGUGCCCCCCACCCCAGCACCGGCCGGGACCCUCCGUCUGCGGCCAUGAACGCGACCAGCGAGGGCGAGAGCUUCCCCGGCUCCGUGCAAAUUCCUGGGGGCACAACGGUGCUGGUCGAGCUGACCCCCGACAUCCAUAUCUGUGGCAUCUGCAAGCAGCAGUUUAACAACUUGGACGCCUUUGUAGCUCACAAGCAGAGUGGCUGCCAGCUGACCAGCACGACCGGGGCGGCGCCCAGCACCGUCCAGUUCGUUUCCGAGGAAACGGUGCCUGCCACCCAGACACAGACCACCACCAGGACCAUCACCUCGGAGACCCAGACCAUCACAGUUUCGGCUCCAGAAUUUGUGUUUGAGCAUGGCUACCAGACGUAUCUGCCCGCGGAAAGCAACGAGAACCAGACGGCCACUGUCAUCUCUCUGCCCGCCAAGUCACGUGCCAAAAAGCCCUCGGCCCCACCUGCUCAGAAGAGGCUCAACUGUUGCUACCCAGGUUGCCAGUUCAAGACUGCCUAUGGCAUGAAGGACAUGGAGCGGCACUUAAAAAUCCACACAGGAGACAAACCCCACAAGUGUGAGGUCUGUGGCAAGUGCUUCAGCCGGAAGGACAAGCUGAAGACCCACAUGCGGUGCCACACGGGCGUGAAGCCCUACAAGUGCAAGACGUGCGACUACGCCGCCGCCGACAGCAGCAGCCUCAACAAGCACCUGCGGAUCCACUCCGACGAGCGGCCCUUCAAGUGCCAGAUCUGCCCCUACGCCAGCCGCAACUCCAGCCAGCUCACCGUCCACCUCCGGUCCCACACGGCUUCAGAACUAGAUAAUGAUGCCCCCAAACCAACUUGUCCCUCCUCCGACAGCAGCGACACCCAGAAAGCCCCUGUCGUGGCUCCUCCUUCCGAGUCAAAGCAACAAACGGCCACCCUUGGAGAGAGGACAUUCAACUGCUGCUACCCAGGUUGCCACUUCAAAACUGUUCACGGCAUGAAAGAUUUGGACCGCCACCUACGAAUCCAUACGGGAGACAAACCACACAAGUGUGAGUUCUGUGACAAGAGCUUCUGCCGGAAGGACAAUCUGACCAUGCACAUGCGGUGCCACACCAGCGUGAAGCCCCACAAGUGUCACCUGUGCGACUACGCCGCCGUGGACAGCAGCAGCCUCAAGAAGCACCUGCGGAUCCACUCCGACGAGCGGCCCUACAAGUGCCAGCUCUGCCCCUACGCCAGCCGCAACUCCAGCCAGCUCACCGUCCACCUCCGGUCCCACACGGGUGGUGGCCUGCUCUCCGCCCACCCCUCCAGUGAUCGGAGAUGCACAGAUUCCCAGUGUCGGUGCUGUCUGCCGGGACCGGAGAUGCGGUGUGACCGAAUUGAUCAGUGCUUUGCUUUAGAACAUGGUUUCCGGUGGCUCGGAGAAGCGCGUGGUCGCGGAGUGCAGCGCCCGCUGUCACCCGGCUGCUGUCUGCAGGAGUCUUAUCUGCACGUCUCUUCUAAUAACAGGAGGGCUGUUGACCUCUCAAGUGGGAGCCCAGAGAUCAGAAUCGCACACAUGUUCCCCGACUUCCGGUGUUAUCUCCCUCGGAUAAACAGGGAAGACGUCAGCCUUCUCGGGAGGCUUUUCUUUCUCGAACGGCUGCAUGAGCUGCAGGUCUUAGAUCUACCCUGGCUCCACCUUGGGAAUUUGGGUUCCCAGUGCAGCCGAGAUCAGUGACAAGUGUGGGACCAGAUAGUCACUAUCUGACGCAUCGUGGGGCCCUAAGUCUCUUUUGUGAGUAAACUCUGGUUUUAGCACAAAGGCAGACAUAGGCAAUAAGAAAAAGAAUGAGUGAGUCUGUGUUCUGAUACAACUUUAUGAAAUAAUUCAGGAAGUGGGAGAAUAAACCGGCUUGUUGUGCUCAGAUGAGACUGGUAAAUACACAGAUUAAACCAGAUAAGAUGGGAAACAGCCAUAUGGCCAAGGGGCUGCCGGUGGCAUGGUGCAGCCCAGAUAAGCCGUCUCUAUACCCACCUCCGUUCGCAAGGCUGGUGUGGACCGGAAGGAGAAAUUGACGAAUGAGUGUGUGUGUAGUUUGACCUCACUUGGACCAGGGGGUGGGUGAGCUUUUUCUGCAAAGGGCCAGAUAGUAACUAUUUGGGGCUAUGCUGGCUUUAGUCUCUGUCAGAACUGCUCAGUGCUGUCACUUCUGCUGUUGUAGUUGCUCUGCAUUGGAACUAACGCGGCCGCAGGUAAUAGGUAAGCACAUGGGCAUCGCUGUGUGCCAAUCAACUUAGUCUACAAAGAGCAGGCCCUGGUUUGGAGGGCCACAGUGUACUGACCCCUGAGCAGGACCGUUUGAGCGCAAACAGCAGGGUAAGUGGUCCUGGGUAAAUGCAGGGGAGACGUGCUAAGAAUGCUGCAGUUCCUGGGAUCCCUUCGAGCAGGGUGCUGCUCAGUGCAGAAGAUAGGGGAGUUCCAGGUGGGCACUGGGAAAGCUGGUCCUUUUAAUCCUGAUUCGGAUCAGCUAUGAGAACUGCAGUGGAGACUCCAAAAACCAAAGUGGCAUCCUCUCACUUGUCUCUGCUUAAGAUGUCUUGCUGCCUUCUACAUACUAUAGAACAUGAAGUUUCUGUUGGUCCCUGCAUUUAAUUUCUUCCUUAAAGAAAAAGGAUGAGCCUCAUUCUGUUGCCAUGGUGAUGUGUCCUUCCUCUGGGCCGACGCUAUCCUGAGAGCUUGGCCUGUGUUCACUCAUCUGCUUCUCCAGGUGCCGUCCAGAGCUGGGACCAGGAGGCCAGUGGCACAUUCGCCCAGGGCACCAAAAACUCAGGAGCCAAGGAACAAUAUUUCACUACAAUGCUUUUUAAGUUGGCAACUAUGAUCCAUAGGCCAGCCACUUUGUUUUUGUAAAUAAUUUUAUUAGAGGUUGGCCGGGGAGUUAGGGCGGGGCCCUGUAAUGCAGGGCAGAGUUGGAGCCUAUAAUUAAAAUUCUGGCGUUUUGUUCAUUGUGGAUUUUUUUGUUGCAUUGGAUUUGGAUUUUAGAAAAUUGCAUUUAGAAUUCACCUUGAACACAGAUUUUUUUUUUUAAGUUUUUAAAUAUUUUUAUUGAUUUCAGAGAGGAAGGGAGAGGGAGAGAUAGGAACAUCAAUGAUGUGAGAGAAUCAUUGAUUGGCUGCUUCCUGCAGGCCCCUACUGGGGAUCGAGCCCACAACCCGGGCAUGUGCCCUGACUGGGAAUCGAACCCGGGACCUCUUGGUCCAUGGGACGCUACUCAAUCCACUGGGCCACCACAGCCAGGCGAUCACUGAGAUUUUUGACACCACUUUAUAUUUGCACCUGAGGGUGCUGCCUCACUCACCCUAGUCCCUCCCCUUGUUCAAAUUUGGAAACUGAGGCACGAAGGUGAAGAAAUUUCCCAGGACAGAGUGGGCUUCAGCCCCAGGCAGUGUGGCUCCAGAAUCCGUAUUUGUAACUCAAGGGCUGGGCUGGGUCUCCAAUAAAGAAAGAUUUUGUUAGAGUAACAAAUGGACCUGAAUAGGGUGAUGACAGAACAUCCAAAAGAAGCGGAACUCAUAACACCUUUUGUUUGAGUGAAGGGGUUGAGGAGGAAGGAGGGGAGAAACCCUGCCUCUGGUAAGAACCGGCUGACGCCUGGCUCGAGAUCCUACUUCCGGUUCUCGGUUUCCUCAUCUCUAAAAUGGGCCGGCUGCAGCCUUUUGGCCUAGUGCUAGCCAUCAGCUGGUUUGGCUUCCCUGUCUGUCC